AACAUCCGGCGUUCCCCCCGUUCCCAGCUCAGGUGGUGCGGUCGGGUUUGGAGCAGGAAGUGGGAAGCGGAAGACUGUGGCCAGGAACGCUGACGACUUUUCUCUUCACAACUAUUAUUACAUUCUUUAUUCGCAUUAUUCACUUAAAGUACACCUGCAUUUAAGGAGGACAUCGAAGCACACCGUCAUGUGGAAGGCAGCCGCUGGUCAGUCCGUCUCUGUGUCCGUGGAUGAUGGAGGAGAUGAUUGGGAGACCGACCCGGACUUUGAGAAUGAUGUGUCAGAGAAGGAGCAGCGCUGGGGUGCCAAGACUGUGGCCGGCUCCGGGCAUCAGGAGCACAUCAAUAUUCAUAAGCUGCGUGAGCGAGUGUCGUCUGAACACACGGAGCUGAAGCAGAAGGAGCUGGAGCACAUGCCCAAGGCGUCGCACGGGUACGGAGGAAAGUUUGGGCUGCAGCAGGACCGCAUGGACAAGGCAAGAGGCUUCGCUCUUCUGAUGCACUUCUCUGACGCAGCGGUGUGCCUUCAUUCAUCAGAACUGACGUGUGUGUGUGUGUGUGUGUGUGUGCAGUCGGCCGUGGGACACGAGUAUCAGAGCAAGCUCUCCAAACACUGCUCCCAGACGGACACCUCCAAGGGCUUCGGAGGUAAAUUCGGCGUGGAAGCGGACCGUGUUGACCAGUCUGCCGUGGGCUUCGAGUACGCUGGGAAAACAGAAAAACACGCCUCGCAGAAAGACUACGCCGCGGGGUUCGGCGGCCGAUACGGGGUGCAGGCGGAUCGUGUGGACCGCAGCGCCGUCGGCUUCGAUUAUCAGGGAAAAACAGAGAAGCACGAGUCACAGAAAGAUUACGCUAAAGGCUUCGGUGGCAAAUUCGGAGUGGAGACUGAUAAAGUGGACAAGAGCGCCGUGGGCUUCGAGUACCAGGGAAAGACUGAGAAACACGAGUCUCAGAAAGACUAUGUGAAGGGCUUCGGAGGGAAGUUUGGCGUUCAGACGGACCGUCAGGAUAAGUCUGCGGUGGGAUGGGAUCAUCAGGAGAAACUGCAGCUGCACGAGUCACAGAAAGAUUACGCCAAAGGAUUCGGAGGGAAGUACGGUGUGCAGAAAGACCGAAUGGACAAGAGCGCCGGCACGUUUGAGGAGGUGGAGAAGCCCAGCGCGGCGUAUCAGAAGACUCGUCCUGUGGAAGCAGCUGGCAGCGGCGCCGGAAGCAUUAAAGCUCGCUUCGAGAACAUUGCGAAGCAGAACGAGGAGGAGGACAGGAAGAGAGCAGAAGAAGAGCGUGCUCGACGACAGGCCAAAGAGAAGCAGGAGCAGGAGGAGGCACGCAGGAAGCAGGAGGUGGAGAACACUGCAAACGUGUACGAGGUGGAGCCGGUCUCAGCAGAACCCACAUAUGAAGAACCGCUCCAGGAAGACCUGUACCAGAACCCUGAGCCGGACGAGCAGGACCAGACCGCAGGGGCUCCGUUGUACGAGUCUGGAGAGGAUCUUGGUGUGACGGCCGUGGCUCUGUAUGACUAUCAGGCUGCGGGUGACGACGAGAUCUCCUUCGAUCCGGACGACAUCAUCACAAACAUCGAGAUGAUCGACGAGGGCUGGUGGAGGGGUGUGUGCCGCGGCGCAUACGGACUCUUCCCGGCCAACUACGUCGAAGUCCGACAAUAGACUCGCUCCACGCGCUCUCUCCUCGUCAGGCGUCGUCCUCCAGUUCAUGCUUCCAGUCCAUCAUCAGCCCUGCUCUCUCUUCUGUCACUGUAGCAUAUCGAGCGUUCCUCUGUCAUUCUGCUUCCUUCAGAUCAACUCUCACUUCCGGUUUCACAUCAAUAGGUGUGUGCGCUUUACUGGAUACAACUGCCAUUAGAGAUUUUAUGAGUUUAUUAACUCAAACACACACACAUACAUCCACAUGAAAUAAGAGACCAAAUAUCUGAGAUCUUCUGGCAUGUUUUAGAGAAGUAAUGUCAUUUGUCAUGAACACAGGCGUCGUCUUAGAGCUGCGUCCGUAUGAACACUUUUAAUUAAUUUCCGUGUCUUUUUGAAGUGUUGGGAUUAACUGGGUUAAGUUUGAAAAUAUGAAUGCUCUCAAUCAAUGAAGGCCAAAAUAUAAUGCCAUAAUCCAUCACUGCUAAAAACAACUUUAAAGGUAUUUGAAGGGUUGUGUAUUAAAAUAAGUGAUUAAUGUCUUAUGUGACGUGAAGUGUAUGUUUGAUUUGCAUCGUCUCUCGUGCUUCGUGUCGAUUUAUCUGUAACUUCUAGACAGGCUCUUGAUGUGGUGGCAGAUUGAUGUCGAGCUUUCUUUGAGUGCAUGACAUUUUUGUGACGCUGAAUUAUUUGGAAUGAUCUGGUGCAGAGGAGUUAAUUCUGUUUAAUGGCUUAGCAGCAACUUAUGAUACAAUCGGUGUUUUGCUCUUUUAGUUAAGUAUUUUUAUUUCGAACAAAUUAGCUGUGCUUCUCUAUGCUGGCUAUCUUUACAAGGCUGUUUUAUAAGAAAUAUCAUUUAAGAAUAAAAAAAUAAAACGAGUAUUUUUCACAA